CGUAGUCACCGCUGUCCACCCUGCAUUUGCGUUGUCACCGCUGUACAACCCGCCGUCCCGCUGGAGAACAGACAAUGCUUGACUGCGCUGUCAUCCGUCAUUUUGAGCUCGUUGUAUCAGGGCAUUUGACUGACGGCGAGAUGCCGUAUUGCCCGGUAUGAUCAGGCUCAGCUCACGACCGACUACACAACGAGGAUGGGCUACUUGACGCCACGGGUUGUGCACCCAUGGCGUUGCUCCCACUAGGCCCGCGCUACGGUCAUGAAUGGAGGACGAGUGGCGGGCUAGCGGGGCCUAUACAGCGCCUGCAAUCAGUUGUAUAGGCGCGGCGUUUUUGCUAUCCCAUAUAACCUGCGGCACUCCAUGACCCCCUAUCCCACCUAGAGCCUCUAAUCUACCAUCAAUAUGCGUCUCACACUGUCGACCAUGCCCGAGGAGCUCCUGGAGCGCAUCCUCGCCUUUGCCGUUACCCCUUCCUCGCCAUCCGCGCCCCAUCGUCCGUCCUGGCAUGUGGCGACUCCCAAUGCUACGAAGUCGGGCAUUGCACCUCAUGCCACGUCCCUCCUGGUAUCGCGGAAGUGGCUCCGGAUCGCGACACCUGCAUUCUACCGCCACAUCGUCCUCCGCUCCGACAGACAGACUGCGACGCUCGCCUACAGCCUAUGCACGAAUCCAGAGCUCGGCCGUUGGGUACGCAGCAUCCGCGUUGAGGGCACUUAUCAGAUUCUCCCGGAUGUUGUCCGAUUUUGCCCUGCUCUCGAGGAGUUCGACAUGACCGUCGACAGCGGUCCCUCUGGCCCGCCUGCGCCAAUAGUGAGCUCGCAGCGACCGCCAACCGUUGACGCGGCGGUCGUACGCUUCUGCACCAGCCUCUCAUGCAUGCAUCGGCUACGGAACCUCGUCAUCCGCAAGAACGCGUACUUGACCCUGCCUGGUCCGACGCACAUCUUUGAGGAGCUCGGCAAGGCUAUCCGGCGCUGGAAGUAUCUUGAAUGCGUACAAAUCGCUUUCCGCUUCUCGCCCUCGCCCGCGUCGGCGUCAUUUGCCGCGUCGCUUGCCUCCGCUCCGAGACUCCGGACGGUCAGCGCGCUCCUGCCCACUGUCUGGAACACCGCGCUGCUCGAGAUCUCCCAGAAUCCCUCGCUCGAGCGCAUCCACAUAGGGCCUCGGUCGGAGCUCGUCGCGUCGCAGCUGUUUAUGACCGAGGCGCGCAAGUACCCGCGUCUGAUGGAGCUCAUUACAACGGGCACGCCUGAGCUGCCGGUGGAGUCGCCAGCGCGCUCGCGUUGCUGGCCCGGCUCGUCUAGCCUGCCGAGCCCUGGAUUCAUGUCCCCUGCCUCUGUCUCUGCAUUCCCUGCACAUUGGCCCAAUGCGUACGCGCACGCGCCGUACCAUGCUCCUUCGCCUGCUCCUUACCAACACCUUUCCCAGCACAGCCGCGCGAAGCCCCAACACGCACGCGCACAUAAGCAGUCGUCUCCACGCGACCCACGGAUUGGGCUCCCGACUCUCGCCUCGUCGCAAAGACACGGCGCGCCUGCAGUCCGCCGCAUGAGCGGUGUCUGAGUGACAGUGGCAGCGGUCCCUGUUCGCGGCGCCACUGUCGAAGUAUCAGUAUUCACUGGUGCACUGCUCUUCCCUGCCAUAGCCUGUGCACGCACAUGCCCU